AUGGACGAUGACGUUACGAUGAAGGAUGCAGCCAAUGAUACCUUAAGUGUUACGGAACUCGCCGUUGCUUUACCAUCAUCGCCUGGAAAUGAAAAAGUCAGACGCGGUUGGGGUGAAGCAAGAGAGCCGUCUUAUGAGCCAUGGCAGCAGCAGGAGGCAGUCUAUGAGUCAUCUUAUUACGACUUUGAAACACUGUCGGAUCCUGAAGAUGACGUUUACCAACCUUAUGAUCGACCACCAAGUCCCCCUCCCCCCGGCAUUAUCGAGGUAGAAGAAACUUUCUAUGGCAGGGACAAACUUUUAACUUCUGGGUCUGGACAAGGAAACUACUACCGCACUGUAAUACUAGGGGCAGAGGAUCCAACAGGCAAUAUCAAGUGCAAGUUUUUAACACGUGUUCACCUUGCGGAAGAGAAUGAAGGUUGCUUCACUGUCCAUACACUCGACGCCAGAAAGCUUCCUCUUGAUGGCUUCUCCCAAAACUGGCAUCAUGGCCCUAGCAGUCUUUGGAUGCCCGUUUGGUUGCCUAAGAAUGCCGUUGAUAAGCCGCAAUACUACGAGAUGAAUGACUCUGACGUGCAAGAAAACAAAGACUGGCUGCUUGUGUACGCCGAACUCGCCUUGUACUCCUGGUUUGGAUACGGGUUCCGAUAUCUGGAUGCAUUGCCUCUUGAGGUGGUAAAGGUUUUUGUGCAAACCACAGAGGAUGUCGAGCCGGCCAAGGCCAAGAAUGCAAUCUUCUACAUUACCUUCAAAACCGUCGCUGGUAGGGAGUACAAUGGUAUCAUCAAGAGAGCUACGGAUGGGAGGCCAGAUCGUUUCUCCCUUGAAGCCACGUGUCACCGGAAUGACCCGAGACAACGAGAUCUAAUCCCACCAAUUGGAGGUCCUGGGAUUGAUUGGGUUUUGCAUUGGUCAUUGGGUUCUACAGAACUAAUCCAACUUUGGCACUCACUGGUUUUGUCUGAAAGUUCUUAA